AUUCGACCUCCUUCCUUCUUCACUCCCUCUCACCAUCACAAAACUCGUCCACCAUUCUUUAUAAAUCACUACUUCUCCUUCUCUUCCCACCAUUUUCCCACAAUUAUUCAAUCUUCUCCUUCUUCACAUACACUAUUCCCGGUUCUCUUUAAUCUCCAGGAUUCAAAUGGCGGAGUUUCAUUUCCAAAACGACGAGCUCGAGUUUGUUGAUGAUAUUAACGAUUUUACUAAUUUUGACGGCGAGCUUUUAGCUUUUUCCGAGAGCUCUUCGCCGACAAGUAGCCUUUGCAACACCGACGAUCCUUUCGAUUCCGACGUCGAGGAUUGCUUUGACGUCUGUGAAGGAAAGUCGAAAAGCGAAACGACGGCGUUAGAAGCUCGGAAUGGGAAAGAUAUACAAGGGAUACCAUGGGAUAGGCUUAAUUUUACGAGAGAUAGAUAUCGUGAGACUCGGUUGAAGCAGUAUAAGAAUUUUGAAAGUCUUCCUUCUUCUCGAGAACAUUUGGAAAAGGAAUGCAAGCAAGUGAAGAGAAGCCAAACCUUCUAUGAUUUUCAGUUUAAUACAAGACUUAUCAAGUCCACAAUUGUGCAUUUUCAGCUGAGGAAUUUGUUGUGGGCGACAUCGAAGCAUGACGUUUAUCUUAUGCAGAACUCCUCUGUUAUGCACUGGUCUGCUCUGCGUAAGAAAAGUGAAGAAGUGAUUAAUGUGGCUAAACCAAUUGUGCCAACAACUGUGAGUCAUAAGUGUCCUCAUCUGUUGCAAAAAUGCACUCGAUCUCUUCCUCUGCCCUUGUCAAGAGUGCAGAUUAGCACUAUGUGCGUGAAGGAUAAUCUCUUGGUGGCGGGUGGUUUCCAUGGGGAGCUCAUUUGUAAGUACUUAAAUCAGCCGGAAGUGGAAUUCAGUACAAAAGUGACGACAGAGGAGAAUGCAAUAACUAAUGCAGUAGAUAUAUGCCAAAGCCCUAGUGGUUCAAAAUGCAUUAUAGCUGGCAACAAUGAUGCUCAAGUUAGAGUUUUUGAUGCUGCAAAUUUCAUUUGCAUUAAUCGUUUCUGCUUUCCAUGGUCUGUGAAUAACACCUCGAUGAGCCCCGAUGGCAAGUUAAUGGCUGUCCUUGGUGACAGUACAGAGUGUUUAGUAUCUGAAUCUCAUACAGGGAAAGUCGUCGGUACACUCAAAGGGCACAUGGAUUAUUCAUUUGCCUCUGCUUGGCACCCUGAUGGCCGUAUCUUGGCCACCGGAAACCAAGACACAACGUGCAGACUCUGGGAUAUCAGGAACAUGUCUCAAUCCCUUGAGGUACUUAAGGGAAGAAUGGGUGCCAUAAGAGCACUGAAAUUCACUUCAGAUGGCCGGUUUAUGGCCAUGGCCGAGCCAGCUGACUUUGUCCAUAUCUUCGAUACACAAUCUGGAUAUGAGGAGGCACAAGAAAUCGACCUGUUUGGAGAGAUUGCAGGGAUUUCUUUCAGCCCCGACACUGAAGCACUGUUUGUCGGGGUUGCUGAUCGCACUUACGGUAGUGUGCUAGAGUUUAAUCGAAGACGUAAUAAUAAAUACUUGGAGGCCAUAUUUUAGGAAAUGUUCCUUUUGCAAACUGCAGACAACCUGUUGUUUUUUCCAAGAGUGAGAUGCAAAUAUUUGGACAUAGUAGUAGAAGCUUUUUUUUCCCGGUGUAAUUUGAACUGUGGAGGCAUUAUUUUUAGAGGUUGAUGCCGAUGCCUCGGAAGUCAUCUAGCUAUUUUGCUAAUUAAGAAGCCUUUUUUCUCCCGAUUAGCUCAAUGUAAAGAACACUUUAUUUUUGGGAUGCUUUUUAAAUUCGUCUUGUGUAUUACUAAUACUUUGUAUGCGUUCACGUAAAUUUUAUGUAUUUAUUUAUCAUUACUCCGUACUAUAUUUUUUGGUC